UCUUCCUAGUGGCCUGGUCUUGUUUUUGUUGCGUUUUCUCGCUCUCGUGCUUCUUUGUCCCUUUUGUUUGUUUUUCGUUUUUCUUCCCACGUCCCUGUGUCCCUGGGCCGUGGCGAGGGCGCGGGCGGAUUUUGCUGCGGCGUCGCCCCGGGGGCAGCCUUCGCGGAGCCAGGGCCGGUUCCCGGGAGCCGCGCGUGCACCUUCUCCUCCUGCCCCUUCUCGGCGUCCCCCGGUGCCAGCGCGGGGACACGGGGUGGCCUGCCCCGCUGCUCGGGGCAGCGCCCCCGGCUUGCACCUGCCAGGGGAGCUGGGAGAGGAGAACUUCCUCUGCAGUUUUACAGUGCUACCUACAAUUGUAUCCACUUCUGAGUUAUGGGCUCAGUUAUUUGAAUCUGAAGGUUUUUACAGUUUUGCCUUUUUUUUUUUUUUUGGCUGAGUAGUACAAAAUGUCAAAAAUUAGAAGGAAAGUCACAGUGGAAAAUACCAAAACUAUCUCUGACAGCACAUCCCGAAGACCCAGUGUGUUUGAGAGGCUUGGCCCAAGCACUGGCAGCACAACAGAGACACAGUGCCGCAACUGGCUGAAGACUGGCAACUGCCUUUAUGGAAACACAUGUAGGUUUGUACAUGGACCCUCACCUCGUGGUAAAGGUUAUAGCAGCAAUUAUAGAAGGUCACCAGAGAGACCCACAGGGGAUCUCAGAGAAAGAAUGAAAAAUAAGCGUCAAGAUGUGGAUGCUGAGUCCCAGAAACGGAAUGCAGAGGAGUCUUCCUCACCUGUUAGGAAAGAAUCUUCAAGAGGGAGACACAGGGAAAAAGAAGACAUAAAAAUCACAAAGGAGAGAACUCCCGAAAGUGAAGAAGAAAAUGUGGAAUGGGAAACAAAUAGAGAUGAUUCUGACAAUGGAGAUAUUAAUUAUGAUUAUGUUCAUGAGUUAUCAUUGGAAAUGAAGCGUCAGAAGAUUCAGAGGGAAUUAAUGAAACUGGAACAAGAAAACAUGGAGAAGAGAGAAGAAAUUAUCAUUAAAAAAGAGGUUUCACCAGAUGUGAUUAGAUCAAAAUUGUCUCCAUCACCCUCUCUGAGAAAGUCCAGUAAAUCUCCAAAGCGAAAGUCAAGCCCCAAAUCAUCUUCAGCUAACAAAAAAGACAGGAAGACCUCGGCAGUCUCGUCGCCCCUGUUGGACCAGCAGAGGAAUUCAAAAAGCAACCAGAGUAAAAAAAAAGGACCACGUACUCCUAGUCCACCUCCUCCAAUACCAGAAGAUAUUGCUCUGGGGAAAAAAUAUAAGGAGAAGUAUAAAGUUAAAGAUAGGAUAGAAGAAAAACCGAGAGAUGGAAAGGACAGAGGACGAGAUUUUGAAAGACAGAGAGAAAAAAGAGAUAAACCCAGGUCUACUUCCCCUUCAGGACAUCAUUCUCCUAUAUCUUCUAGACAUCACUCAUCUUCUUCACAGUCGGGAUCAUCUAUCCAAAGGCAUUCUCCUUCUCCUCGUCGGAAACGAACUCCUUCCCCAUCUUACCAGCGGACACUGAGUCCACCUUUACGGCGCUCUGCUUCUCCUUAUGCUUCGCAUUCCCUGUCUUCUCCUCAGAGAAAGCAGAGUCCUCCACGACAUCGCUCCCCAAUGCGAGAAAAAGGGAGGCAUGAUCAUGAGCGAACUUCGCAGUCUCAUGAUCGGCGUCAUGAAAGAAGAGAAGAUACAAGAGGCAAAAGGGAUAGAGAGAAGGACACAAGAGAAGAACGGGAGUACGAACCUGAUCAGAGCUCUUCUAGAGACCACAGAGAUGACAGAGAACCUCGCGAUGGCCGAGAUCGGAGAGAUGCGAGAGACCGAAGGGAGCUGAGAGACUCCAGAGAUAUUCGGGACUCCAGAGAGAUGCGGGAUUAUAGCAGAGAAACCAAAGAGAGCCGCGAUCCUAGAGACUCUCGGUCUGCACGCGAUGCUCAUGAGUACAGAGACCGCGAAGGGCGCGACGCUCACCGGAAGGAAGACACAUACCAGGAGGAAUCCCGGAGCUAUGGUAGAAACCAUUUGAGAGAAGAGAGUUCUCGUGCUGAAAUGAGGAGUGAUUCCAGAAAUGAGCCUCGAAAUGAAAUUAGGAGUGACCGCAUGGGCAGAAGUAGGGGGAGAGGCCCAGACAUUCCUGAAAAGGGAAGCCGAAGCACAAGAGGCUCUCAAAUGGAUAGUCACAGUAGCACUAGCAACUAUCAUGACAGCUGGGAAACUCGAAGUAGCUAUCCUGAAAGAGACAGAUACCCCGAAAGAGACAGCAGAGAUCAAGCAAGGGAUUCUUCUUUUGAGAGAAGACAUGGAGAGAGGGACCGUCGUGACAACAGAGAGAGAGAUCAAAGACCAAGCUCACCAAUUCGACAUCAGGGAAGGAAUGACGAGCUUGAGCGUGAUGAAAGAAGAGAGGAACGAAGAGUAGACAGAGUGGAUGAUAGAAGAGAUGAUAGGGCGAGAGAGAGAGAGCGGGAACGAGAGCGGGACAGGGAGCGGGAGCGGGAGCGGGAACGGGAACGGGAAAAGGAAAGAGAGCUUGAAAGAGAACGAGCUAGGGAACGGGAGAGAGAGAGGGAACGAGAAAAAGAGAGAGAACGUGAGAGAGAGAGAGAGCGAGAGCAUGAUAGAGAGAGGGAAAGGGAGAGGGAGCGAGACAGGGAGAAAGAGCGGGAGCGAGAGCGAGAAGAAAGGGAGAGGGAAAGAGAGCGAGAACGGGAGCGAGAGAGAGAACGGGAACGGGAACGAGAGAGAGAGCGAGCUCGAGAAAGAGAGAAAGAACGAGAACGCCAGAGGGAUUGGGAAGACAAAGACAAGGGCCGAGAGGGCCGAGAGGAGCGCAGAGACAAGCGGGAAGAUGUCCGAGAAGAGAGGAAUCCCAGGGACGGCCACGAGGAGAGAAAAUCAAAGAAACGCUAUAGAAAUGAUGGCAGCCCCAGUCCUCGGCAGUCACCUAAGCGUCGGCGUGAACAUUCUCCCGACAGUGACACCUACAACAGUGGUGAUGAUAAAAAUGAGAAACACAGACUCUUGAGCCAGGUUGUACGACCCCAAGAAUCACGUUCUCUCAGUCCAUCACACCUCACAGAAGACAGGCAAGGUAGAUGGAAAGAAGAGGAUCGCAAACCAGAAAGAAAAGAGAGUUCAAGGCGCUAUGAAGACCAAGAGCUCAAAGAGAAGGUUUCUUCUAUGGAUAAACAGAGAGAACAAGCAGAAGGCCUGGAAAGCUCAAGAACACGUACACAAGACGUUACAGGACAUCACCAGUCUGAGGAUAGAGAUAUAUCUGAUCGAGCUCAUGAUGAAAAUAAGAAAAAAGCAAAAAUUCAGAAGAAACCUAUAAAGAGAAAGAAAGAAGAUGAUAUUGGAAUAGAGAGGGGUAACCUGGAGGCAGCAUCUGAAGAUGGGCAAGUAUUUUCACCAAAGAAAGGUCAGAAGAAGAAAAGUAUCGAAAAAAAGCGCAAACGAUCCAAAGGUGACUCUGAUAUUUCUGAUGAAGAAGCAGCACAGCAAAGUAAGAAGAAAAGAGGCCCACGGACUCCCCCUAUAACUAUUAAGGAGGAAUUGGUUGAACUUUCCAAUGAAAAGAAUGGCAUUUUGGGGGAUCCUCAGAAGAAAGAAGAUACAGCAUUCAGUGACUGGUCUGAUGAGGAUGUUCCUGACCGAACAGAAAUGACAGAGACAGACCACAUUGCCACCAAUACCACUCCUGGUGGUACCCCUUCUCCCCUAUCCUCUCUUCUUCCUCCCCCACCUCCUAUGGCUACUGCCACUGCUGUUGCUACUCCUACUCUGGCCACCACUGCUGCUGCUGCUACCACCUCUGCCACCACCAUUUCCACCUCUGCCAGUACCACCAAUACCACUUUUGCCAAUGAAGAUUCACAUAGAAAAUGCCACAGAACAAGAGUGGAAAAAUUCGAAACAUCUCAUGUUACUAUGGAAGACACACCACAUCGCAAGCCAGUAGAUCAGAAGAGGAGUAGCAGCCUUGGGAGCAAUAGGAGUAAUCGCAGCCAUACGUCUGGCCGCAUGCGCUCACCAUCCAACGACUCUGCCCAUCGAAGUGGGGAUGACCAAAGUGGUCGAAAAAGAGUGCUGCAUAGUGGGUCAAGGGACAGAGAAAAAACAAAAAGCCUGGAACUCACGGGAGAGAGAAAAUCCAGGAUUGAUCAGUUGAAGCGUGGAGAACCCAGUCGAAGUACUUCUUCAGAUCGCCAGGAUUCAAGAAGCCAUAGUUCAAGAAGAAGUUCUCCUGAGUCAGAUCGACAGGUCCACUCCAGAUCUGGGUCAUUUGAUAGCAGAGACAGGCUUCAAGACCGAGAUCGAUAUGAGCAUGAUAGAGAGCGCGAGAGAGAGAGGAGAGAUACACGGCAGAGAGAAUGGGAACGAGAGACCGAAAAAGACUGGACACGGAACAGGGACAGAGAUCGAUUACGAGAGCGAGAAAGAGAACGAGACAAAAGGAGAGACUUGGACAGAGAAAGAGAGAGGCUAGUUGCUGAUCCCAUUGAAAGGGAUAGGGACAGAGACAGAAAUUUUGAGAGUUCUUCUCAAAUAGAAUCUGUGAAACGCAGUGAAACAAAACUGGACAGUGAACAUGAAAGAGACUUAGAGGGCAGUUCACGGGAGCCUGUUGCUUUGGAUAAAGAAAGAAUGGAUAAGGAUCUGGGAUCUGUGCAGGGAUUUGAAGAUAUGAGUAAAGCUGAAAAAAUGGAGAGUGUGGAAGCAGGAGAAGAUGAAUCCAAGUUAGAUGAUGCACAUUCCUUAGGCUCUGGUGCUGGAGAAGGAUAUGAGCCAAUCAGUGAUGAUGAACUGGAUGAAAUUCUGGCAGGUGAUGCAGAAAAGAGGGAAGAGCAACAGGAUGAAGAGAAGAUGCCAGAUCCGUUAGAUGUCAUAGAUGUAGAUUGGUCUGGGCUUUUGCCAAAGCAUCCAAAAGAACCACGAGAGCCUGGGGCUGCACUUCUCAAAUUCACACCUGGAGCUGUGAUGUUAAGAGUUGGAAUUUCUAAAAAAUUGGCAGGUUCUGAACUCUUCACCAAAGUUAAAGAAACAUGUCAGAGACUUUUAGAAAAACCCAAAGAUGCAGACAACCUUUUUGAACAUGAACUGGGGGCUCUCAACAUGGCUGCAUUGUUACGAAAAGAAGAAAGAGCAAACCUUCUUAGUAAUCUUGGACCUUGCUGUAAAGCACUCUGCUUCAGACGGGACUCGGCCAUCCGAAAGCAGCUAGUUAAAAAUGAGAAGGGUACUGUAAAACAAGCUUACACAAAUACUCCAAUGGUGGACAACGAAUUAUUGCGAUUGAGUCUUCGAUUAUUUAAGCGGAAAACAGCUUGCCAUGUGCCAGGACCUGAAAAGACUGAAGAUAAUAAACUGUCACAGUCCAGUGUCCAACAGGAACUGUGUGUAUCUUAAGACUGAAGUUCAUAUGGUAUUUUUGGUACUGCCUUCCUUCAGCAGUGCAUAUUACAUUUCAGAGUUCUUUGGUUUGACAGACAUGGUUGUGACAAAAGCAGAAAAGAUUGACCAGCCAUACUACAAGAGGGAGGAAGAAAUCUGAUCUCUAGAGAUGCUAGUUUGGGCUAACUUAGGACUUUACAUCAGUUUUUACACAGUACUUGAUACUUAUGAUAAGUAAUGUGAAAGCAUCUAGAUUCAGUGAUCUAUUCUGUACGUCAUGUUAAAACUGAAGAUUUUGGAAAAAGGUUGUCACUGCUCUUCCAGCCUAUGAAUGUUUUUUUAUGAAAUGGAGCCGCUGAUACGUUCUGGAUCAUAUAUACAAAAACUGCAAUUUUAUUCAGAAACAAUGUAUUCAUCACAGUAAUUGCACAUAUUGUGCAACACCAUGUUGUACAAAACAUUUGAAAGGGAUAUUGGGCCAGCAUGAUGUGUUUGUAGGCUAAUCUCCAGUGGGAGGGAGCCAAUAUAUUUUUUUCUCUUCUGAAAGUUCUAAAAAUACUAUUUCAUUAGUCUUUGCCUUUUAAGAUAUGUGUGCAUUGUUAAAGUGUGUAUUGAAUGCAUUUGGAUCCCAAAUGUUUGUUAUCAGAGAUUGUACUAUUUUAUUUUUAAUAAAUGCACCUUCCUUUUCCUUGUUCUAGAUUUGCCCUUUAUUCAUCUUAUUGCUGAUGUUCUAAAAUAUUUGUCAUCAACAUUACAUUUUUCAUACUUGAGGUCUUUUAUAGCUCUCAUCCUUACUACUGGACAGCUGUAAAGAGUAUAAAAUGCACUGAAGAUGUACUCCAGGUGUAACUUGGUUACACUUGAAACAAACCAAGAGAUAACAAGCCUAUGCAUCCUGAGGUUGAAGGCCAUUCCAUCAUAUUUUCCGCAUUUAUAUUCUUUAUUUAUAUUAAGCUGCCUCCAGCCUGUUAUGUGAAACAUUUAUUUUUUGAAACUUAUACCUGCUUUUCUGUAUAUAUACAUGUUUAACUUAUGAAGUAAUUACAGAAGGACUUGAAAUGGACAGCAAUCUGCAGAAUUUUUUGACAGACAGUAGUGAGAAUAACAAUAAUAAGGGACAUCAGCCAAAAUUAUAAUUUGAUCAUGGCCUAUCACAGGCUUUUCUUAAGGCUGCAAAUCUGUGUCACCCGUCUUGGUAGUUUUGUAUUCUCCAUAUAAAGACAAUACAAGAUAUUUCAGAAAGUUCGUAGAAAAAUGGAAUUUAAAGAUAACACACAUUUUCUACACGUAUUUUAAAGACACUUUUAUACUAAUAUAAAAAUUUCUGUUGAUUUUAAGAAAUACUUCAUGUUCAGUGCAUUUGUAUGCAAAGGUUACUAUCAAAGGGAGUGGCCUUAGUCUCACAUGGCUUUGAAAACGUUUAUUAGAAAAUUACUGAUAGGGUAUGGAAGCUCGCAAUUUUCCCAUGCCCUUUUUCUUUACUAAAUGUUUUGAAUUAAAAAAAGAAAAAGAAACAGAAAAUUCCUUCUGAACCCUAGAAUAAAUUCACUUUAGGGAAAUCUCUUCCUAAUCAAAGUGGAUAAUAAUAAUCUCUGUAGCAUAAAGAAUUAAUAUUCUAGAAUUUCUAGCCCUAGUUCCCAGAAUAUUUGAAUACAACAAAAAUAAUUGUCUUCAUUUUGUCCUGGUUUUAGGAGUAGUUCGCUUAUAGAAGAAAAAUUUUGUAGUUACACCUGCUAUUUAGUUGAAUACAUUACCCUUUGUUGAAAUAUAUGUUUUUUUUUCUAAUUUAUUUGAAAGAAUAAAUUACAGAGAAGCGAAGAGAGAAGAUCUUCGCUCCUGUGUCUGAAACCAGGAGCCUGGAGCUUCAUCCGCAUCUCCCACAUGGGUGCGGGGCCCCCACGCACUUGGGCUGUCUUCUGCUGCUUUUCCACAUGUUAACAGGGCAGUGGAUCAAAAGUGGAGCAGUCAAGACAUGAGCCAGCCAUCCCUAUGAGAUGCCAGCGUUGCAUGCUGCAGCUUUGCCCUCUAGGCCAUAAUGCUGACCCCAAAUCUGUUCUCUUUCAAGUUCUGAAUGUAUUUGUAUUGUAAAUGGAAAUUGUAAAGCUGUACCUCUGUUCACUUUUUCAUAGUACUCAGUUUUAUUCCAGUGAAAACAGACUGCUAAGUCUCAGUGGGUUUUUUUUUUUCCUGUUUGUAUUCCUUCUCAGUAUUCCUAACUAUAUACUUGUGAAGUUCUAAAGACUUUCCAUUGGAUAUUCUGUAAAAGCUCUUGGACUGUAAUUAUAGUCUCAAUUAAAACAGCUUUCCUGAAAA